UGCAGCAGGACCGAUUCAGAAAGAAGUGAGAAAUGAGAGUUUUCCUGCUGAGCACCUAUUGAUCUGCAGCAGCCAGGUAGGUUUUGUGUGCUGGAUCCACAGAGGAAGGACUGAGCAGGAAAAAGAGACUGGAAGGACAUCUCUGCGCCGCUCUGGUUGUGUGAGAGCACUCCAGCUGAGCAACACAUCACACGCGACAUGAGCGCGCUCAGUUUGCACAGUCUGCGCUGCCGGCGAACGUCCACCGCCUCUCUCUGCUGCUGCCAGAAGCGGAGUUCAGAUUGCUGCGCUGCUUCAUGUAGUCUUGAGGCAGUAUUUGAAAGCAGCUGAAGCAACAUGACAGCAUGUUUGUGUUUUCAGCUUCUCUGGCUGCAGGGUCUCCAGGAGCAAUUUGUAAACAUGUAUUAAAAUUUGGAUGCAACUCCUGCAGCUGCAGACGCCAAACCAGGAAUCAGGACCAGAUCUUUUCCUUUUACCUGAAACCAGCAUCCUGAAGGAGCCUGGGAGUCAUGUUGUGGAUUAGGUGAUGAGUCCUGAGGUGGAGCUAAGGUGGAAUGAGGUUGUGGGGUAUGAGACCUACCACUGGUUUAUGGCACCUACUGGUUCCCAUUAAGCAUGCAGGUCUUGCAGAUCGUCAAGGAGCUGGUGUCUCCAUCCAGGCACCGGGCAGCAGCUCGCUUUGGAGCUUCUGAUACCGAGCAGGAUGCGGUGGUGAAACUGGACCAGGAGCGGGCUGAUAUCGUCGCCAAAUAUGACAAGGGAAAAGAGGCCACAGUGGAGCCUUGGGAGGACACCAACUUCCACCUGUACAAAGUCAUCGACCGCUUUGGAUUUGUCCAUGAGAAUGAACUCCCAUCAUACGACUCACUGGAGGAGAAGCAAAAACACCUGGAGGUGGAGAGAACCACCAAGUGGCUGAAGAUGCUGAAGAGCUGGGAGAAAUACAAGAACAGUGACAAGCUGGUCCGGAGGAUCUAUAAAGGUGUUCCUCUGCAGCUCCGAGGGGAGGUGUGGUGCUUACUGCUCGACAUUCCCAAAAUAAAAGAGGACAAGAAAGACUUCUAUGAGAACUUGAAAGCCCGAGCCAGAGCUCUGUCCCCCGACAUCCGACAGAUCGAUCUGGAUGUGAACAGAACCUACAGGGACCACAUCAUGUUCAUGCAUCGCUAUGAUAUCAAGCAGCAGGCGCUCUUCCAUGUCCUCACAGCCUACUCCAUGUACAACACGGAGGUUGGAUACUGCCAGGGCAUGAGUCAGAUCACAGCUCUGCUGCUGAUCUACAUGAACGAGGAGGACGCCUUCUGGGCUCUGGUCAAGCUGCUGUCGGGGCAGAAGCACGCCAUGCACGGGUUUUUCAUCCCCGGUUUCCCAAAGUUGAUGCGUUUCCAGGAACACCACGACCGGAUCCUCAAGAAGACGAUGCCCAAACUGAAGCAGCAUCUGGACAACGAAGAGGUAUUUACCAGCCUGUACACCAUGAAGUGGUUCUUCCAGUGCUUCCUGGACAGAACUCCCUUCACCCUCACCCUCAGGAUCUGGGACAUCUACAUCUUAGAGGGGGAACGAGUGCUGCCUACCAUGUCCUACACUAUCCUCAAACUGCACAAGAAGCACCUGAUGAAGCUGUCCAUGGAGGAGCUGGUGGAGUUUCUGCAGGUCACGUUAGCCAAAGAUUUCUUCUUUGAGGACGACUUUGUGAUCGAGCAGCUUCAGGCGUCCAUGACGGAGCUCCGGAGGGCAAAGUUGGAGCUGCCAGCGCCAGGUAAGGAGGAAGAGUUUCCUAAGAAGCCACUGGGGCAGCUUCCUCCAGAGGUGGCAGCGCUGGUGUUGAACCAUGUAGGCAAUGGUCAAAGCCACACAGAGCCAGCUGCACCUCCAAGAGACUCAAGUCCUGUACCGGAACGCCAGCAGGACGGUCGGCCCCCGAGCCGGGCACGCAGGGACUCAGUGGAGAGGCCACUCCACCACAGGAUGGAAAAGUGGGAUGCCCACCCCAGGAGAUCUAAUGAGAUUCUGAGUGAGCAGCAAAAGCCGUCCACCUCCAACACACCAGAGAGAAGAGCAACUCCUUCAUCAGCCUCCACCCCAACACCCCAGGUCACCACAGUGGAUAGCCGGAGUCCUCAGAACCAUGCCGUCACUAACCACAACUCCAAUGCAGUCUCCAGUUCCCGCCAAAUUAUCGGCCCCCGGUGGGUCAAACCCUCCGAGACAAAGCUGGAAGCUGCCAAAGCAGCUGCAGCACGAGCGACAGAGCAGAGCCGAGGGACAUCGCCAGCUCCUUCCAGCCCAAAUGAUAGUGUUUAUGCUCAACGCCGGCCCCGGUCCACGGGAUUCAUCCCUGUGUCUGAUCGAGGCUCCAAUGCCUCCCAAUAUGACAAUGUACCAGGACUGCCAGAACAGGAUUUCGAGAUUUUGGAGCUUGAGAAGCCUCCAACCAGAAUGAGGACCCCUCGCAACGAGACACCUUUUAAUGUACCAGCAGCACACCAGGGCAGCCCCAGGCAUGGACCAAGCCAGGCCAGCGAUAUCCUCUCUGUCUCAACAGGUCCCAGGAUGCCCAAGCAUCAUCUGCCCCCUCAGUUUCCCCGUGACAGCCCACCUGAGUUCCCUGCCAGCUACUCUGGUGGUCAGAGUUGGUAUAACACUCCGCCCCAGCAGGACUCUCCAGGAAGAACUACAGCCGAGGUUCCCAUCCUUUACCCAGGCUACAGUAUGAGCCUGGACCACAGAGGGGAGGACAAACUUUAUGGAGUCCCCAGGUUUAAUUCACCCUCCAGCACAUCAUACAGGGAACUAGCGUAUGCAACCACCCAGCGACAGCCCACCAGUCUUUCCCCUGAGAAAGUGCUGUUAAAUAAUUUGUUUGCCACCUACCGCAGGCCACCACCUGGGUCCAACCAAAACCUUCAAAGCAGCAGACCUCCCCCAGAACAAUCCUUGCAGCUAGAAUCCCAGAGCAGCUCUACUCCCAUCUACCUGCAACAGCUAACAUCAACCACACAAAUCCAAACUUCUCUGGACUACAGAUUAGAGGGUCAUCAGAGAGGAGAGGCAAACCCCCACUACCUGCAAGGGGGCAGGCCUCAGCCAAUUGUAGAUGGCGUCCGGUGGGAGCAAGAGGAUGAGGGUCCCCCUCAGUCCCCUGGUGGGAUGCAUCGAUCACCUAGCUUCCAGGAAGCCCAAAUGUCUCCUGUUCAUGAGUUCAGUUUCCCUGCCAACCCAGACGUUCUGCCGCACUUCAGGACACAGUUCCAGGAGCAGCAGCCAGGUAUACGACAACAGCUCCCCCAGCUGUUUGGUGGACCACACUACAGGCACGCACAGGAGGCUUUUGCCUUGCAGGAGUCCAUGCUGCUGUGAUGCAAGGAUGAUACUGUAACAAACUGAGGCAUAGUCACGGACACUGUGGUAAAGAUGAGCAGAGUAAGAACCUGGUUUGGGUUCUGCUCUUUGUUCUUUACAUGUGAAGUACUGAGCUGUAGAACUGCAUCAAAAUGUUGAAAGACACACCAGCCUCUGAGGUUUCUACUGAUUGCUUUAACAAACUGACUGAAGAUGUUAUUUUAUAUUUGGAUGUAAAUCAUUAACAGAGCUUACAGUGUAUAUAUUCACAUAUAUAUCUUUUAGAGUCUGAUAAUGUACAGUGGAUUUUUGUCUUAAUCUAAAGUUAGCAGCAGGGCGGCAUUCCCUUACGAAAACUGAUUUAUUUUCCAUCUUUAUUUUUUUUUAUCUCUUACAUUAAGGUAUUAACAAUGGAAAAUCAAGUUACUCUGUAUGCUUGAGAAGCAUUUUUCUUAAAAGAGAUAUGCUGUGUCACAGAGUAGAACUGAAUGGGUUAACAUCAUGGAACAAACAGCAGAGUUCGCUCGGUUUACGGUUCAGUUCAGUGGUCUUUUCAUUCCUAAUUAAUGUUUAACACGUUCCCUUCUCAUCUGUAAACUACUUUCUUAUUGAGAUGUCAAAACCAGAGUAGCAGUUUUUUUACACCUGAACCAUAAAUACAAAAUUACAUGAGGUCUACAUUAUGAUAAAAAUAUCAUUAGUCAACUAAAUUGCUUUGUAAUCAUUGGUCAUAUAUUUUAGUUGCUGUAAAAGCUAAAGCAUUCUUGAGGGGAUGUCAACUUUAAUUUCCUACCAUUCAUUUUGUUAGUAAAACUGUUGACUACUGGACCUUGUACUGGUCGUGAUCUGGAACACACACACUACAUGUAACAUUUAAUUCAUGCAUUUCAAAAAUGAACUGACCACAUUCAAUGUUCUAUUUUUCAUACUCUGGUUUAGUUGUUUUUAAACUACUGCUCAUCUAAGGUAUCUAAGGCCUAUUUGCAUUUUGUUAAACUGCAGUUCCUUUUCAUUUGUUUAAUAAAACCAGGUGGCUGAAAACAA